AUGGUCGAAAAUAGUAUAUUUGAGUUUGAGGUCGCAACUCCAUCAGGUGAUCGUUUACAGAAACUUAUCACCGAAUAUGUGGACAAAAAAGAAUGUCGCACGCCACCAAAUAGCUUUUUUAUAUAUCGACAGCUAUUGAUCAGAGAAUUACACUCUUCCGGUCUUAAUUUGCAAGCUGUGGCGAUCUCUCGGUUAGCUUCAAAAAACUGGAAAACAAAGCCUGCAAAUGUCAAAGCUGUGUUUCGAGAUGCAGCUCAAACCAAAACUGCUAGGAAAUUGGACUAUCCCAAUUCAGAAAACCAAGAAUUUGCCUCACAUGAAUUCCUAUUCGAACGAGAUGGAGCUGACGAAAUCUUAAAUAGGCAAAUUAAAUCUGAACCUUCUAAGCUCGGCCGUCAAGACGGAAAAAAAUAA